GGCCUGUCCGAGCCGCUCCAGUGGAUUGGGUCAACACACCAGGCAGGUUAGACUCUUUCACCAUACAGUAUUUGAGCAUCAGUAUUGCAUUUCAACGAUUACAGUAACAUUUGUUAUAAGUUUCCUUUUUUUUUUUUUUUUUUAAAUAUGUGAUUGUGUCUCAGCUUCAUCUACGACCUGUUGGAGCGAGCCAACCUGACCUACAGCUCCAAGGCCAAAGUCUUUGAGACUCUGGAGCAUAUUUUGGGACACUUUGCAGGUCAUCCGAAAAUAUGUCUUCUAAAUAUCUGUUCAUCGUAUCAGUCGACUGGUUUCGUGUGCUCUUUGUCCACCUUUGCCUCACAUAAAAGCUAAUCAACUGGUUACAAGGGACUUAGUUUCAAAUACUCACAGUAGCAGUACUGCAAAAAUCCCUACUUUAGUUGAUUUGCACCUAACGUUGUAGCUGUGACUCAUUCCUCACCAGAGACGGGCAUAGUCAUGAACACGAUUGGACUACAGAAGCUGUCUGACAUUAUUCAGCUGGUUUUCAGUGGGGAACCAGCAGAAAAAGAUCGACUGCAGCAGAGGCAGACCAGCACGGCUCAUUUUAAGGUUCAUAUCCAUAAAGAUACCAGCCAUCACAGUGAGAAACAGACCACUGACAUGUGGGCUUCAUCACCCUCAAAGAAACAAGGCAACAUUCUUAGUUACUGGUGCUUCUCGCCAGGCUUCAGAAUGCAGGAAUUGGGGAAUCAAGGUGUCCGCUGUAUCAUUCUGACCAGCAGCACUCUAUCUCCACUGACCUCCUUUGCUGCUGAGAUGAGGAUACCGUUCCCUGUUUCUCUGGAGAAUCGCCACGCAAUUGAGCGAGAUCAGAUCUUUGUCAGUAUCAUUGAACGAGGCCCAGACAGAGUUUACCUGAGUUCAGCGUUUGAUAGGUGUCCUCUUGAAAGCAUGGUAUCUUUAGGCAACACUGUAGGUAAGACGUUCACAUCCUACCAACCUUUCAGUGUCAUCACUUCCAAAUCUGAACAAACUUGUGUUUGUCCUGUUGUCUACUGUAAGGUUUUCCAUAUGUUCUGAUCUGUUCUUGUCACG